AUUGCCGCACAAGUUGUGCACAUACCAGGCUCGAGUUUUGUUUCGCGCGACGGUUCGCCAACCCCGUCGCACCCAUUGACAAAUUUAAACCACUUACCUAUUAAUACCUAAGUAAUCCUAUCUUACUGACAAACAAAACGUCAUGGCGGGCAAGUCGCCCGCUGCUGGCAAUGCCGGCGGCGGCUCGGCCGCAAAAAAGGCCAAGAAGGCUGGUGCGAGCGACGGUAACAGCGGCGCAAAGCCCGUAGCGGCGGCCAAGGGCCGGCCGUCGGUGGGCAAACCCGCAAAAACCGCCCCCGCCAAGCAGCCCUCCGGCUCCGGCAAGCCCGCCGCGAAGGGCGCCGGCCCCGCCGCGGCGGCCAAGCCCAGCCGCAAGGCCCCCGCUGCCGCCGCCGUAGGCGCCGGCGGCCCCGCCAAGAAGCGCAAGCGUGGCCCUGCGUUCUGGGACAGCCUGCCGGGGUGGGAGGAGGUGGAGGUGGGCGAGGAUUUCCUGCUGGGCGCGGAGGAGGGCGGUUUCGCAGGUCUGGAGGUGCUGGACGACCCGGCAGUGCUGGAGCAGUACAUGCUGGAGGGGGGAGCAGGAGGCGGAGGAGAGGGCAGCGAGGGGGGCAGCGACGGUGAGGACGGCGGCUUGAGCGGCGGCAGCGGCGACGGCGACGGCGACGAGGACUGGGAGGGGUUCGACGCGCACUCUGAUAAGAAGGCGGAGGGUGCGGCGAAGGAGGAGAAGAAGGAGAAGAAGGGCAAGGAGGCGGAGGCGGAGGACGCGGAGGCAGGGGAUGACCCGGCGGCGGCGGCCGCGGCGGCGGAGGAGCGGAAGCAGAAGCAGAAGGAGCGCGCCAAAGCCAAGAAGGCGCGGCGGAAGGAGCGGCGUCUGGCGCGUCUGGCAGGCGGCGGCGGCGUGAGCGGCAGCGGCAGUGAGGGGGCCGACGAAGAGGAUGAGGAGGACGGCGACGGCGGCGGUGCCAAGGCAGCCGCGCCUGCUGCCAAGCGCCAGAAGCAGGAUGCCGCGGCGGCGGCAGCUGCGAAGAAGCAGGAGGCAGCGGCGCAGAAGCAGGCCAAGCAGGAGCAGCAAAAACAGGCCAAACAGGAGCAGCAGAAGCAGAGCAAGGAGGCUGCUAAGGCGCAGAAGGCUGCUGCCGCGGCCGCUGCUGACGAAGAUGACGACGAUGAGGAUGAGGAUGAGGAUGAGGAUGUUGACCUAGAGGACAUGGAUGAGGCUGCGCUGGCGGAGCUGCUGGGCGAGGACGACGAGGAGGAUGGAGGGGGGGGAGAGGACGAGGGAGAGGACGAGGAGGGUGAUGAGGGCGAGGAGGAGCAGGAGGAUGAGGAGCUGCUGGCGGGGCUGCUGGGGCUGGAGUCCGGCAGCGGCGAGGGCGAGGAGGGCGAGGAGGGGGAGGGCGAGGAGGGCGAGGAGGAGGAGGACGAGGGCAUGGAGGGCCUAACCGGCUCCGAGGAGCCAGGCACUGACGACGGCGGCGGCGGCGGCACGGAGGACGCCGACGAGGCGGAGGAGGACGCUCCUCAGCAGCAGCAGGAGGAGGAGGCGCCGGACAUGUCGGCGUGGGAGGAGUUUGAGCUGGCGGGCGGCGUGUUGGCGGGGUUGGCGGCGCUGGGGUUCGCCAACCCCACGCCCAUUCAGCGCGAGUGCCUGGGGCCCGCCAUUCGCGCGCGCGCCGACAUCAUCGGCGCCGCGCAGACCGGCAGUGGCAAGACGCUGGCCUUCGGGCUGCCCAUCCUGCACGUGCUAGCGGCGGAGCGCGCAGAGCGGGAGGCGGCGCGCGGCUGGGAGGAGCAGGAGGGGGGAGAGGAGGCGGGCGGCGCGGCGGGCGUGAGCGGCAGCGAGGACCCCUUCACGAGCGAGGGCGAGGAUGAUGAGCUGGGCACCGGCAGCGGCGCCGGCACGGAGGAGGGCGAGGAGGAGGAGGCGGCGGCAGCCGGCGGCGGCAAGGGCGGGGCGAAGGGGGGCGCCAAAGGCCUGAGCAAGGCGGAGCAGCGGCGGCUGAAAGCAAGGCAACGCAUGCGCGCCAAGAAGCUGGCAGCCAAGAAGAAGCGCGCGGCGGCGCGGCAGCAGCAGCAGGGCAAGGGGCAGGCGCAGGGGCAGCAGUGGCCCAAGCCGGAGCCGGGGCCACUACGGGCGCUCAUCCUGACGCCCACGCGUGAGCUGGCGAUGCAGGUGUGCAGCCACCUGCAGGCCAUCGGGCGGCCCUGCGGCGUGCGCGUGCUGUCCAUCGUGGGCGGCAUCAGCGACGUGAAGCAGGCGCGGCAGCUGGCGGCGCGGCCGGCGGUCAUCGUGGCCACGCCCGGCCGCCUGUGGGACCUCAUGUGCAGGCCUCCCAGCACGGACCGCUACGGCCCUCUGGCUGCCGCGCACCUGGCGGACCUCAGCCGCCUGUCCUUCCUGGUGCUGGACGAGGCGGACCGCAUGGUGGCGCAGGGGCUGUACAAGGAGCUGACCUCCAUUCUGGAGCUGCUGCCGCACCCCGCCAACAACAAGCAGGUGACUGAGGACGCCGAGUUCGCCGAGCUGCGGCAGCAGAAGGAGGCGGACAGGGCGGCGCGGAGGGCGGAGAAGGAGGCGGCGGCGGCGGCGCGCAAGGCGCAGCAGCAGCAGGGCGGCAGCGAGGAGGGCGAGGAGGAGGAGGAGGACGAGGACGAGGAGGAGGAUGCGAUGGAGACGGACGAGGGCGCGGAGGGUGAGGAGCACUCGGGCAGCGGCAGCGGUGCCGGCACGGAGGAGGGCGAGGAGGGCGAGGAUGAGGAGCCGGAGGCCGUCGGCGACGCCGAAGGCGAGGCCGAAGGCGAGGCCGGUGAUCAGUUAGACCAGCAGGAUCAGGAUCAGGAUCAGCCCAAGAAGCGGAAGAAGCACCUGAUGCAGACGUUUGUGUUCAGCGCUACGCUCACGCUGCCGCUGUUCCUGAAGAAGCGCGUCUCCAAGCGCGACCGCGGCGGCGGCGCGGGCGGCGGUGCGGCCACGCUAGAGAGCCUGAUGGACCGCGUGCCCUUCCGCAAGUCACCGGCGCCGCGGGUGGUGGACCUCACGCCGCACAGCCGCCUGGCGGACCGGCUCACGGAGGCGUCGAUCUCCUGCCUGGACGACGAGCGCGAUGAGCUGUUGUACUACCUGCUGGCCGCGCACCCCGGCCGCACGCUGGUGUUCGCCAACGCCGUGUCGGCAGUGCGGCGGCUCGGCGCGCUGCUGGCGCUGCUGGGGCUGCCCGUGUACGCCCUGCACGCGCAGCAGCAGCAGCGGCAGCGCCUCAAGGCUCUGGACCGCUUCCGCGCCAACCCCAACGGCGUGCUGGUGGCCACCGACGUGGCGGCGCGCGGCCUGGACAUCCCCAACGUGUCCACGGUGGUGCACUACCAGAUCCCGCCCUCCGCAGACACCUACAUCCACAGGUGCGGCCGUACGGCUCGCGGCAUCUCCUGCGACGGCAUCGCCAUCGCGCUGGUCACCCCGCGCGAGGCCGCGCGCUUCAGCGGCCUGUGCCGGCUGCUGGAGCGGCCCGGCCCGCCCGCCUCCUUCCCCGUGGACGCGUCGCUGCUGCCGGCGGUGCGGCAGCGGCUGCGGCUGGCGGCGCGGCUGGACGACAUCGAGCGGGCGGAGCGCAAGCAGCGCGCGGAGGCGGCGUGGCGCAAGUCCAACGCGGCGGCCAUCGGCCUGGACGUCAGUGACGACGAGGAGGGCGGCAGCGGCAGUGACGACGACGGCGAGGGCGGCGGCCGGCGGAUGCGCAACGGCCGGCAGUCGCAGACCAGCGCGCAGGCGGCGGCGCUGCGGCAGCAGCUGAGCGCAAUGCUGGCGCAGCCGCUGGCUCCCAAGAUGAGCCGCAGGUACUUCACGGGAGGGUUGGCGGCGGCGCUCGCCACGCGCACCAAGCAGCAGCCCGCCCCAGGCGGCGCUGCCGCGGCCAAGCCCAAAUCCGGCGGCCCCGGCGCCGCCGCGCCGUCCGCCGCCGUGGCGGCGGUACCUCGCGCCGUGGCGCUGGCAUCCAGGAUGGCAGCGGGGCAGCAGGCCGCGGCCGCCGCCGCCGACGCCGCCAAGGCCCGCCAGGCCAAGCGUGCGAAGAAGAACGCCAGCAAGGCCGCCGCGGCCAAGGGCGGCGCGGGCGCGGGCGCGGGCGCGGGCGUCAGGGCGGGUCUGGCCAAGGCCAAGGGCAAGGCCAAGGUGGACACGCGGCUGCUCGUGAGCCGCAACCAGAUGAAGAAGCAGAACCAUCGCGGCAUGGUGGUCAUCCCGCAGGCAUUCGGACGCGACGCGGCGGCGCCCAACGCACUUGAAGCCCUGCGCACUCGCAUGGCGGCCCUGGGCGCGGGCGGCGGCGCGACCGGCGCGGCGGCGGCGUUCGUGUCGGCGGGCGGCAAGGGCGCUGGCGGCAGGGGCGCCGGAGGCAAGGGCGGCGCUGGCGGCAAGGGUGGCGGUGGCGGUGGCGGCGCGGGUGCGGGCGGGCGGAAGCAGGGCAAGAAACAGUCGGCCAAGGGGCGCAAGGCGGCGAAGGGGCGCAAGGGGCGCAAAUGAGUGACGCGCGAGUAAGGUGUGAGUGUGUGUCUUUGUCUAGAUGUGCGGUGACGUAGGUCAUCGCGUUGCUUGCUCGCUUCGGUGGAUGGCGUGGGGUUGGGUGUGCAAUGUGGUGUCCCGCAGGAUGGCCGUGAUCGUGGUUUGGCGCCCAGCGUACCCCACCCACAAGGAAGAACAACGGGGGCAAGCACAAGGCUGAUCCAGGCUGAGCGGUAUCGUGAGUUGUCCUGACCGCAUGAGUCCAUUCUGUACUGCUAUUACUGGACAGCUCCCGCCAAAACUGUAUGGAUCCAGUUCCAUCCAGAAUCCCAUCCUACAGUGCCCGGCUGUUUGCACGCCCGCGCGCUAUUCGACCAAAGCAUCGGGGGCCCUGCGUCAAACAGCUGUAACGGUGAUAGCAAGUACGCUGCGCUCAUCACAAAGAAUGGCCAAGAAUAACUUGAGCAGCCGGGCCAAGCAGCGGCAAUUUUGGAAGCUCGCCCCCCAAGUGGUCAAGGCUAAGCAGCAGCGCGCACAGGCACAGGAAGCAGAGCAGCGCAAGCGGGAGACCGAGGCCGCCCAGGCAGCCGAAGCGGCAGCUGCCGAGCGAAAGCCGUCGUCACGGCCUUGCAGCAGCGGGUGGCAGCUCUCGAAGACGAGCUAGCAACCACAAUUGCGCAGCGGGACGCUGCGUGGAAAGCCGCGCAUGAUACAGUUGCACUGAUGAACACCGGCCUGUCGCACUUCGUGGAGGAGCAGCGACGCACGGCAGGCUCUUCCGCCGUGUUUUGACCUCGCCCUCCGCCAAGGAGCACAAACAGGAGUGGUGCCAGCGACGGGCGGUGCCAGCGGCGGGAGGCUGCGGGAGGCGGCGGCAGGCCGUGUUUACGUGGCACGGCUUCCAGCAACGCGAGUCAGGACGGGCCCGAGCUGAGAGACCUCGGGCGCUCUGCUAACAAGCAGGGUAAAGCGGGCUGCGGCGUUCCUGACGACCCUGACCCGGGGGGUUGUGCGGCAGCAAGAGCAUGUGCUGUGUGCUGUGUGUGCGCUGGGUACAUGUAUGUGUGUUCUGAGUAUAUGUGCAUGUGCGUGAACGCCAGGGGUUGAUGAGGCGCUUGCAGCCGCCUGUGCACCCGGUGCGUUGUUCCGGCGCAGAUGUUUAAGAACUACAGCAACUCUGCUGCUGGACUUGGGAUUGUGGCCGCUAUGGCGACGGGACAGUAUGGUGCGUCGCGAUGCGGUGCGUCGCGGGGCAUGAACCCCUGCGGGGCAUGUUGGUGCGUGGGGCUUCUGCUGAAGCUGCAAGCAGCUGCGCUGAGCAGGAGGCUCCAUGUAUGAUAAGAAUGCGCAGGGAGAUAAGGGAGGUAU